AUGAGUGUACGAUCAAUAUUAAAUACUUUUAACCAGUUAUUUUUGAUCUGCGGUUUAGGUUGUAUCAAAUACAAUCAAAGCAAUCUAAAUACGACAAUGAUGUUUUAUAUCUGGCGAUGUACAAUAAUUUGUUGUGGAUUCAAAACAUUUUAUGACGCAAACUGCUAUUGGGCCACACGAUUUGAUAACGACAUAUUCGACAUUACUUCGUUUGUAAUGAUUUGUUUUUAUGAGACGAUAUACAUUGGGCGAAUCUUAUCCAAUGUGUGGCGGCUAUUUUUAGAUAAUAAACUAUCUGUGGUAUUGAUUAGACUUGAAGGAAUUCAUGACAAAUUGAUACGUCUGAAUGUGGUCAGGCCGAUGAAAGUUAAAAUGCAUUGGCUUUUAAGUUUUGGCAUUCUUGUCCAUUUUAUAGCUUUCAAUAUGCGUACAAUGUACUGGAUUAUAAUUCAAUUAAGAUUCCCAAACAUGAUUAUAUUAACUCCGAUCGCUGGGUUGAUUUCAAAUAUUUGUGCAUGCGUUGCGUUUUAUGAAUACAUGUUACUUAUAUCAUACAUAAAGUGGAUGGUGUACAUAAUAAAUGAACAAAUUCCGAAAAAUAUAUCCACCAUUAGUACCUUCAGGGACUUGUAUUUGGAAGUUAUGGAAUGUUUGAACGAUAUAAAUAUAUCAAUAUACGGUUUGCCGGCCAUAGUGAGUUAUAUUGGAGCAAAUGUUGGUGUUAUCUUCGUACUAUUGUUCUAUAAAGUUAUAUUUGCUGAAAACUACGAAGUUAGAGAUGUUGGUCUUGUAACCAUCGAAAUUGUAACAAUAACUAUAAGAACAAUCAGUAUUAUACUUUUAUAUGGAAUUGGUCACGCCACGGAAAAAGAGAUAAACCGAAUGAGUCUUGUUUUACAACAACGGUCUAUAAUAGAAAGAAACCCUAGAAUAAAACGUCAGAUCAAAUUUUUUAUCCUACGAAAUUGUCACGAGCAGUUUCAUUUUAAGUUGUAUGGAAUAUUGGAGAUUAAUCCAACGCAACUACUUAUUUUAUCAAACAAAGCAUUUGCUUACUUAGUUAUUCAAAUUCUAUUCAAAUUGAAUAAAAAUAAAAAUCAAUAA